AACAAGGGUGUAAAAAGGGCCCCCUUUCACCGCCUCCCUGGUCCUAAAUUGGUGUUAUAUUACGUUGUUUCCAGGUUACUCCUCUUUUGUUUUCCCUUGGACAAUGUACCUUUGGUCUAAACAUGUGUCCCGUAAUGUGCUAAUCUUAUUCGAACCUGCCAAUUGUGUUUAAUUAGAUAAUAUAAACCUUGGUGGGUGUUCGUGUUAUUGUCAGUGCGUUUACUCUACCACUUCUAAUGUUUUGCUGGUUUGUUUGCUGAUGGGACUCUUUACUAGAUGAAUGUACUCUGGGGAUAGUGUUGUUAGAAUUAAAACUCGCAGCAAGAUGUUGAGUACAAGAAGACUGGUUGAUAGGAGACGCCUCUACAGAUAUAUUAUACUCGGCGCUGUUCUCGUGCUAGGAGGAUUGUGUUUAUAUCUUCACAACACCUACACUGAAACUACAAACACGACGGAUGUCGCUGCUUCUCCAACUGAACUAAGUACAGUUAAUAAAACCAAGUGUCAUAUCCUCAUCAUGGUUUUAUCCACUCCAAAAAACACGAGAAAUAGAGAAAUUCUAAGGUGGAACAGCUAUUUGGGAUAUCCUUGGGUUUAUAAUCGGACAGACAUUGAUUUUAGAUAUGUUUUUAUUCUGGGUAAAACGCAAGAUAAAGCGAUAAACGAUUUUGCGGUAAAAGAAGCGGAGGUAUACGGUGACAUUGCAAUAGGGGAUUUCAAGGAUUCCUACAGCAACUUGUCAGAGAAAGUAAUAUGGGGUUUUAAGUAUGCUUUAAAGUACUUCGACUUCACAUUUUGUGUCAAAGUGGACGAAGAUUCCUUCAUUAAUAUAACGUUUCUUAUGGCACAACUGAACCAAGUUGAACCUCAUAGUUUACCUAAAUACUAUGCGGGAAAGCCGCGACAAGGAGAUCUCAAAGUGCCCAAACAUGGGAAAUUCAAAGUAGAUUACUGGGAACACGAUGAAAUAGCUGAGUAUGUCCAAUACAACUUGGGUGGUGGGUAUGUGCUAUCACAGGAGGCCAUGACUAACAUAAUGACAGCUCACAAAUCUGGAGCAAUAGAAAUGCUUGCAUGGGAAGAUGUUUAUAUUGGCAUGUUAGCUUAUCUUGUAGACAUUACCCCUAUUAGAAUAUAUCAUUACUACAUAAGUAAGUUUCACCCUUUUUGUACAGAUGAUAAAUCCAUAUUACUUCAUCACACCCAACCUGAGUUACAGGCAAGGAUGCUUCACCAUUAUCAUAAGAAAGGGAAGUACUGUCCUAAACAGAUCUCAGAAGUUGAGGUGAUGAAGUUGAUUAAUUCGUAUGAAAUAAUCGAUUGGCGUGAUUACUGAAUAAUCGAUCAGUUUAAAUAUAAUUUAGGUUUUUUUUCUUCUUAGUUUAUGUACUAAAUGUUUUACUGUCUUCGAGCCAGCUAUUAUACAUCAUGAUGCCAAGAAUUUAACGUUUUGUCUUAA